CUGCUCUUGCCCAGGCUGGUGAGUCUGCGCUGAGCCAGGAGCGCGGAAGGGCAGCAGAGCUGGAGGAGCUCCUCUCCAGGAAACGCUGCCUUUGGUCUAGCUGUGUGGUACAUGGGAGCUGCAUUAAACUACUGACCAGCUUACCACAGAAUAUCCUUUUGCCCAUUUUCUGUCAACCUGCAGCAGCUGGACAUUCCCUGAGACUGUCUCUUCAUUGCUACAAGUGACAGAGAAAUAGAAAGUCAAGGACCUGUGAGCUUGUCCUCAGAUUCUCCAUGGGAACAGAGGAAGAAAAGCCUGAAAAUGUAAUAUUUUUUUUAAAUUGUCUUUGAUAAAAAAUUUAUGCAAUUUAUUCUAAAAUGAAAUAUCAGCAUUCUUUUAACAAUAACAAAAUGAAAGGAAUCCUGAAGAAUUGGAAGCCUGAAGGCAGCUUUUAUCUUCCUAUGUGACAAAGGAAAACAAUUACAAAUUUGCUGCUCUCCUGACAAAAGAUCUGUGCUUCUUGAGCAUCCUCUCGUGGCUGCCAACAUGAGCUACUGCAGUGGAUUCUUCUCUUCUAUGGAAUGCACCAAGAAAAGUCUUUUUCUGGUUCUUACCAUCUCUUUUACAGCAAUAUAUUUGAUUUCCUAUUUUUAUACUUCUCCUUACCUUGCUGAUCUACUUAAACGGGAUGAUCAUCACAUGGGAAGUGAAAAGGGUUUACUCAAAAAAAUAAUGACAAAUUUCAAACAAGUCUCAGGGAAAGAAAAUGGAGAACAACCACCACCCAAAAAUGAGAAAUCCGUGAGCGAAGCCACAGCCACUCCAGCAGAGUCAUUUCCAUUCCUUAUUAAUGAAGAAGAGAAGUGUAAGGAUAGAAGACCCUUCCUGGUGCUGCUGAUCUCGACGACAGCGGCCGAGCUGCAGCACAGAGCCGCCAUCCGGAGCAGCUGGGGCGGCGAGGCCGCGGCGCCGGGCGCCCACAUCGUGCGGCUCUUCAUGCUGGGCGUCAGCCCCCAGGGGGCAAGCCAGGAUGUGCUGCUGAGAGAGAGCGAGCAGUACCACGACAUCAUCCAGCAGGACUUCCUGGACACUUACAACAACUUAACCCUGAAAACUCUGAUGGGCAUGAGGUGGGUGGCCUCCUACUGCAGCGGCACGAGGUUCGCCAUGAAGACGGACAGUGACGUCUUUGUCAACACCGUGCACCUGGUUGAAAAGCUCCUCAGGCCUCUCCCACCUUCCACACAGAAUUAUUUCACAGGCCAUUUAAUGAAAGGCCACAGCCCUAUUCGGAAUAAAGCCAGCAAAUGGUACAUAUCAGAAGAAGAAUUCCCAGGUAACAGAUACCACACUUUCUGUUCAGGAACUGGCUACGUCUUUUCUGGAGACCUGGCUGCAAAAAUUGUCAAUGCCUCUUUAACAAUUAAAUACAUACAUUUGGAAGAUGUUUAUGUAGGGUUUUGUCUUAAUGCAAAGGGAGUAGAAAUAGUAUCAGUUCCUUAUUCACUGUUUAACCUACACAAGGUCCCAUUUUCUCCUUGUACGUACAAUAAAAUAAUUACAUCUCAUCACAUUCAGCCACACGAGCACAUACAGUAUUGGGAAACACUGCAAGAGAAGAAACACACGUGUUAGAACAGAAAGAUCCAUCCUGGAGCAUGCUAGGAACUUUCUUUCACAGUGGGCAAAGCAGCAGAUGUUUUCUUAGUGGGAACAGAACAUCUGUGUAUUGAUAACUUUCAAGGUCCAAGGACAUCCUGAAUCAGGUGCCUAGGUUUUGUAUUAGGUUGAAGUCAAAGAUUUUUUCCUUCAUAAAGAAGCCUUUCUCUGUUGAGUGAAUACUGAUUGGUACCUUAUUUAAUUUUGGAUGAAGCAUCAAUUAAUUUUUAAAGCAUUUUAAAAACAGCAAGAGAUUAUAUCAACCCUACUGAAGAGAAAUCAAAGACGAGGCAAUAAAACUUAUUCAUUAAAAACUAAUAAGUUAAUGUGUUAAUUUUAUCAUUUGCCUAUGUACCAUGUGGCAUUCCAGUGUGACUGAAGGAGAAAGCAUAUGUGAUAUCCUGUGCUGGGGAAUUAGUGCCAGAAAUGUGGGCAGAAACUGCUUCUGCAGAAAAACUAACAUUAGCGUUUCCCAGAUCUCAGUUAGUGCCCACAGUGGCUACUACUCUCUGGGGUCACAUAUACAAAGAACACCUGACACCCAAUAUGCCACUUAUUUGUUAUUAUAGAGAUGUAAUAAAAUGAGGAAAAAUAAGUGCUGAUAGACUGUCCUGUUAGUGAUACAUUAAAUUACAUUUUAAGGCAUUCAGGUUUGUACAAAAUAGCAAAAUAAAAAACAAGAUGAUGCUUACUAACCUCAGAAGAUGAAAGUUUCAGUCCAAAUCCCUAUCAUGGGAAUCAAAAUGUCAAUCACAUGAACACCAAACACUUCAGCUGGACAUGAAGUGAGAAAGUGAGUAUACAUUAUAUGCAUCCCUGAUGACAUUUCAUAAAUGUACAUUAUGGUCUUUAAUAAAGAAACCCCUGAAUCCUGGAGUGCAUUUUUCUGUGCCCUGUGCAGCUCCAUUCCACCCAGGACUGACAGACAGUGGGAACCUGUGCUGCAGCCACUGAAUGCAAUGCAUUUCUCCCUUACAGGAAUUUGGUCUUACACUUUUUGAUUGAGGAAUAUUAUUACUCAUCCAAUACCUACACAGGACACUUUUUCUAUCUCAAAUGGGUACCUAUUCAUUUGGACUUCCAAGACCUUUUUUGCAUUUACCUUGGGAAAGAUACAGCUAACAAGGACAACACUCCCUCAGUUGGGUCUCACAAUGCUUUCUAAAAUUUUAAAAGUUUUACAGAAUGUUGUGCUUAAAAAAUGUGUCUUUUUGGACAUAACAUGUUGAUUACUUGGUAUUAGCCAUGAUAUAUUGUAUAGCUGACAACAUAGUGUAUGAAAUAACAUAGUGAGCUCAACUCU